AUGCUCACUAUGGCACAUAAGCUUUAUUAUCGGUUCCGGCAGAGAUGGACGUACACCGCUGAGCCAAAACAAAAGGUCUUUCAGGCUGCGAAAUCUGGAAAUGCUGUGCGCCUUGAUAAGGUCCUUCAUAUGUUGGAUUUUACAGAAAGAGUUUUUGUAUUAGAUAAGCAGUACAUUCUUGAUGGCUGUUCGUUACCUGGAAAAGAGACGUCUAGCUCUCUUGUUUCUCCUUUAGUAGUUGCAGUUCAAAAUGGAAAUCUCGAUUGUGUGAAAGUGCUUCUGAGCUAUGGAGCAGACAUUGAAGGUGGAGAUGACAUGUUCAGACAUUUACCUUUAUUUGUUGCUUCUUUUAAUGGAAGUGUUGAGAUUUUGAGUUACUUACUUGACAAUGGAGCUGAUAUGAAUGCAGUUUCAAAUAUUGAGGGCCACACAAUCACACCUUUAAUAGCUGCUGUUCAAAGCGGAAAUCUUGAAAGUGUUAAAGUGCUUUUAAAGUAUGGAGCAGACAUUGAAGGUCGAGGAGAUUUCAAAUAUGUUUCUAAAAGACAUCCAUUUCACUCUGUUUCAUUUGAAGGUUGCACACCUCUGUUUGUUGCUGCUGGUAAUGGAAAUGUUGAGAUUUUGAAUUGCUUGCUUGACAGUGGAGCUGAUUUGAAUGCAGUUGCAAAUACUGAAGGUCACACAAUCACACCGUUAAUAUUUGCUGUUCAAAAUGGAGAUCUCGAUUGUGUGAAAUUGCUUCUACAGUAUGGAGCCGACGCUGAAGGUCGAGGAGGUUUUAAAGUUGAUGCACCUGGGUAUCCUUCUGUCUCACUCACAACAUGUUGUACACCUUUAUUGGUUGCUGCUGUUAAUGGCAAUGUUAAGGUUUUGAGUUCUUUACUUGAAACUGGGGCUGAUAUCAAUGCAGUCUCAGAGGGAUUAUACACCCCGCUGAUGAUGGCCGUGCGAUACAAACACAAUGAUGCAGUAAAAUUUCUCAUGGAUCAAGGUGCUGAUGCAAAUUUACAAGACAAAAAAGGUUAUACAGCCCUUCACUAUGUUGCAAUGUAUUACCGUUCAUUUGAUGCCAUAAAUUUGUGUUGUUUUAAUAAUAGGAGUGAUUUUAAUAUUCAGGAUGCAGAUAACUGCACCCCUUUGAUGCGAGCUGUUAAGUGUCUCAAUCUCGAUGUAGUAAACUAUCUUCUUCAAAAUGGAGCUUAUUUAGAUCUUGAGGACAGAUAUGGUCAAAGAUGCCUUCAACGUCUUUUUGAGGUUGGUGUGAAAACUUCAUGUGAAAUUUUAAGUUCCCUGAUAAGAAAUGGAGCUGAUAUUAAUGCAAGAAUAAAUGAGAUGAAUCAGACCCUCCUGAUGCUAGCUCCCUUCCAAGGAAGUGGUGAUAUAAGAUCUGAAAAAUUUAAGUUGCUUAUUGAGAAUGGUGCUAAUUUAGAUCUUCAAGACAAAAGUGGUAACACAGCUCUUCACUAUGCCGUAAAUUCUCGUGAUAUGUCUGUCGUCUUGGUGGUUGCUGGAGCAUCCCAACUGUGUAACAGUCAGGGAUUGACGCCUUUGCUGGCAGCUAGUAAAAAUGGCGAUUUGUCAAUAGUAGCAUAUUUUUUACGCAACCAUCGACCAGAAAUAACAAAAGAGAAAAAGAUUGAUGCUCUAGAGCUAGUUGGAGCUUCUCUUUGUUUAAAGUUGCAAAGCCCUUCUGGUUUUAAGCAUGGACUCAUGUACAUCAAACGUGGCAUGAUAGAAAGGUUUGCUGAUCCUUCCCAUCCAUUGUUGAAACAGCAAAUGGAACCUGUGGAAGCCUAUCAGAACAGAAAAGAGUGUCAAACUCUUGAGGAGCUUGAUCAGAUAGAAGGUGAUGAAAAUGCUAUCAUCAUGGAAAGCCUUGUCAUCAGAGAAAGAAUCCUUGGAAUCAACAAUAAAGGUUGUUUACUUGAACCGAUUAGAAAUGUUUCAUUAGAUUACUUCCGGAGAAAUAAUUUUUCAACAUAUCUCUCAUUGCGGUUACAUGCAAUCAAAAUAGCCCAGAGCUGCCAUGAAGAAGCUUCAUAUGAUUUCCCACACAUAAUUUUCAAUGUAUUGCAAGUAUGGUCUACUUUUGCAAAAGAGGAUCUUCUUAUUGAAAGGAUGGAUCAAGUAAUUCUUGCUUGGAGUUGUGAACUUGAGAUGCAAAGAAAGAUGAGUCCAAAAAAAAGGGAAGUUCCUGAAUGGUUCUUAAAAUGGGAGCAUGAUGCCUUAAUGGAACUUGUUUGGAUGAUUGGUAGGCUUAACUGUGGUGACUAUAGGAAACUCUUAAAUGCAGAACUGUUUAUGAAAGCUCUCUGCAACUUAAAUUCUCUAGAUUGUGAUGGCAAUACAUAUUUGCACCUCGUCCAGUGUUCAACAAAUCGACAAUACAGCCAUGUUGUCACAAAGCUACUUUUGAAUGCAGGAUUUAAUGUUAAUGCCAUCAACAACAAGGGAAAUACUCCACUUCAUUUAGCUGUCAGCAACAUCCAUCUUUUAACUGACACUUUGGAGGUUUUGUUUGAUGGAGGUGCUCAUCAUGAUUUUGUCAACAAUGAUGGUAAAAUACCCAUGGACAUGGCUACGACUGUUGAAGCUCACAUGAUUCUUUCAGAGAGAAGAAAACUAGAGCUAAAGUGUAUUUGUGCCAGAGCAGUGAAAAAGUUUGGAAUCCCGUAUAUGGGCUUGGUACCCAAAACACUAGAGAAAUACAUUAGUAUGCAUUAAUUAACAUGCAUAAUUAAUGACACGUUAAGUAGAAAAUUUGCACAGUGUUAUUUAGUAACCUGAGCAUGCUUUGUAUUGUUGUUGUACAUAGUGAUAAUUUUGCAGUGCAUUAGAAGUGCUUUAAGUGGUGCCCAUAAAACCUAGAAAUAUGUGUCUCGCAAAGGCUAGUGAUACUUAGGGUGCCACUUAAGUUAAGCCCAGCUGCUGGGCAGGGUUAGGAACUGAUUAGGUGACCAGCCAUUAACCCUUUAAGCCCCUGCCAAUAUCCACUAAACCAAUUCUCCAAACCUAUCUCUAUACGUUUCCUUAAAGAAUGUGUUGAGAGAAUUUGAUAAAAGAUCAAAUUAUUUCUCUCUGGUGAUCAUUUUAUUAAUUCUCAAAACCUAUUCUCUUGGUAGCCUGCGUAGCAAGCGUUUCUGUUUAGUUUCGGAGCAGAAAAAACCAAGGAACGGGAUUUUCGGUUUUGACCACGCCAUUUUUAGCACGGUCUUUGACUCUUGUUCCUUGUUCUUUACUCCUUGAAAGUGUUAAAGUGCUUUUAAAGUAUGGAGCAGACAUUGAAGGUCGAGGAGAUUUCAAAUAUGUUUCUAAAAGACAUCCAUUUCACUCUGUUUCAUUUGAAGGUUGCACACCUCUGUUUGUUGCUGCUGUUAAUGAAAAUGUUGAGAUUUUGAAUUGCUUGCUUGACAGUGGAGCUGAUUUGAAUGCAGUUGCAAAUACUGAAGGUCACACAAUCACACCGUUAAUAUUUGCUGUUCAAAAUGGAGAUCUCGAUCGUGUGAAAUUGCUUCUACAGUAUGGAGCUGACACUGAAGGUCGAGGAGAUUUUAGAGUUGAUGCACCUGGGUAUUCAUUUGUCUCGCUCAGAAUAUGUUGUACACCUUUAUUGGUUGCUGCUGUUAAUGGCAAUGUUAAGAUUUUGAGUUCCUUGCUUGAAAAUGGCGCUGAUAUCAAUGCAGUCUCAGAGGGCUUAUACACCCCGCUGAUGAUGGCCGUGCGAUACAAACACACUGAUGCAGUAGAAUUUCUCAUGGAUGAAGGUGCUGAUGCAAAUUUACAAGACAAAAAUGGUUAUACAGCCCUUCGCUAUGUUGCAAUUUAUUGGGGUUCGUUUGAUGCCAUACAUUUACGUUGUUUUAAUAAUAGGAGUGAUUUUAAUAUUCAGGGUGCAGAUAACGGCACCCCUUUGAUGCGAGCUGUUAAUUGUCACAAUCUCAAUGUAGUAAACUAUCUUCUUCAAAAUGGAGCUUAUUUAGAUCUUGAAGACAGAUGUGGUCAAAGAUGCCUUGUUGAUGUUAGUUUGAAAACUUCGUGUGAAAUUUUAAGUUCCCUGAUUAGAAGUGGAGCUGAUAUUAAUGCAAGAAUAAAUGAGAUGAAUCAGACCCUCCUGAUGCGAGCUUCCUUCCAUGGAGGUGGUGAUAUAAGAUCCGAAAACUUUAGGUUGCUUAUUGAGAAUGGUGCUAAUUUAGAUCUUCAAGACAAAAGUGGUAACACAGCUCUUCACUAUGCUGUAAAUUCUUAUGAUAGGUUUGUCAUCUUGGUGAAUGCUGGAGCAUCCCAACUGUGUAACAGUCAGGGAUUGACGCCUUUGCUGGCAGCUAGUAAAAUGGGUAAUUAUUCAAUGGUAGAGUAUUUUUUACGCAACCAUCGACCAGAAAUAACAAAAGAGAAAAAGAUUGAUGCUCUAGAGCUAGUUGGAGCUUCUGUUUGUUUAACAUUGCGACAGCCUUCUAGUUUUAAGCUUGGACUCAUGUACAUCAAACGUGGCAUGAUAGAAAGGUUUGCUGAUCCUUCCCAUCCAUUGCUGAAACAGCAAAUGGAACCUGUGGAAGCCUAUCAGAACAGAAAAGAGUGUCAAACUCUUGAGGAGCUUGAUAAGAUAGAAGGUGAUGAAAAUGCUAUCAUCAUGGAAAGCCUUGUCAUCAGAGAAAGAAUCCUUGGAAUAAACAAUAAAGGUUGUUUACUUGAACCGAUUAGAAAUGUUUCAUUAGAUUACUUCCGGAGAAAUAAUUUUUCAACAUAUCUCUCAUUGCGGUUACAUGCAAUCAAAAUAGCCCAGAGCUGCCAUGAAGAAGCUUCAUAUGAUUUCCCACACAUAAUUUUCAAUGUAUUGCAAGUAUGGUCUACUUUUGCAAAAGAGGAUCUUCUUAUUGAAAGGAUGGAUCAAGUAAUUCUUGCUUGGAGUUGUGAACUUGAGAUGCAAAGAAAGAUGAGUCCAAAAAAAAGGGAAGUUCCUGAAUGGUUCUUAAAAUGGGAGCAUGAUGCCUUAAUGGAACUUGUUUGGAUGAUUGGUAGGCUUAACUGUGGUGACUAUAGGAAACUCUUAAAUGCAGAACUGUUUAUGAAAGCUCUCUGCAACUUAAAUUCUCUAGAUUGUGAUGGCAAUACAUAUUUGCACCUCGUCCAGUGUUCAACAAAUCGACAAUACAGCCAUGUUGUCACAAAGCUACUUUUGAAUGCAGGAUUUAAUGUUAAUGCCAUCAACAACAAGGGAAAUACUCCACUUCAUUUAGCUGUCAGCAACAUCCAUCUUUUAACUGACACUUUGGAGGUUUUGUUUGAUGGAGGUGCUCAUCAUGAUUUUGUCAACAAUGAUGGUAAAAUACCCAUGGACAUGGCUACGACUGUUGAAGCUCACAUGAUUCUUUCAGAGAGAAGAAAACUAGAGCUAAAGUGUAUUUGUGCCAGAGCAGUGAAAAAGUUUGGAAUCCCGUAUAUGGGCUUGGUACCCAAAACACUAGAGAAAUACAUUAGUAUGCAUUAA